AUGUCAGUCUCUCAUAAGGGCCUAUCGAUCGGUAGCGAUACACUGGACGCUCCAGCAGUGUCUGCCGAGCUGGAAACGCUUCACAAUUUCUAUUGGGUUUCUCACAAGGAGCCGCAUGCGGUGCGGAGGCAUGCAAUCCUCAAAUCGCAUCCAGAGGUGAAAAAGCUCAUGGGACCUGAGCCUCGCACCAAAUAUAUUGUAACCGGGGUUGUGUUACUUCAGUGCGCCAUGGCGUUCAGUCUGCGCAACACAAGCCCUCUUUCCUGGAAAUUCUGGCUCUGUGCGUACGUGGUGGGCGCAACAGCUACCCAGAACAUCUUCUUGGCUAUUCACGAGCUUUCUCAUAAUCUGGCAUUCCGGAAGCCUUGGCAUAACAAGCUCUUCUCGGUGUUCACCAACACACCCAUCGGCAUUCCGUAUGCCGCCUCUUUCGGCCCAUACCAUCAACUCCAUCAUAAGUUUCUCGGGGACGAACUUUACGACACCGAUAUACCGACCAAAUUUGAGGCGGUCGUUCUGUCAAAUGUUUUGGGAAAGGCCUUCUUCGCAACAUUUCAGAUCUUCUUUUAUGCAUUCAGGCCUAUGUUCGUGACUUCGAUACCAAUGUCUCCGCUUCAUUUGAUCAACGUUGCAUACCAGCUAACAUUCGACUACUUCUGGAUCACAAAUUUCGGCAUCAAAUCUUUCCUCUACUUCAUCAUUUCUGCAUUUUUGGCUGGAUCUUUGCACCCAUGCUCUGGCCAUUUCAUCGCUGAGCAUUACAUGCUGAGUAUGGAGGAAGCCCUUGCAGGCGGUAAGCUUGCAUACAAAAACACUCCAGCGGAGACUGAGACUAUCCACUCCACCGAAGAGUCUGAUGUCACUCGCCCAGACGUUCAGUUUCACAAAGAUUAUGCACUCGAGACCUAUUCCUACUACGGUAUCUUGAAUUUCUUCACCUGGAAUGUUGGCCUGCACAAUGAACACCACGAUUUCCCAUUUGUACCAUGGUCUAGGCUAUGGGAGUUGAACCGUCUAUGUCCUGAAUACUACCAGAACUUGCCAAAGCACGAUUCUUGGUGCAUGGUCAUUUGGAAUUUCGUCUUCACUCAUGACGUUACCUUAUACAACAGGGUCAAACGAGUCAACCAACAUCUCAUGAAGGCCGAGUAA